GCCCGGAACAACAGGCAACAGGGCGAGGGAGCGCGGCCCGUUCCGGUUUGGAACACAGUGCCGGACGCCGAAUUAGUGUUUGGCAACGCCUGGUGGACUUCAAUCCCAGCCCCUCUGGCCUGACCCGCCUCCCGGGACCAAAACACGCCCGCGAAGGCCGGCGCGAGGCAUGCCGGGCGCCCCCAGGUGGGCAGGUGCCUGGGCGGGGCGCGCCGCGGUUGGCAUCCUGGCGGCUGCAGAGCACCCGGAAGAGCCAGCAACUUAGCUAGCGCAACAGGCGGCCGCGGAGGGGCCGGAGCCGGUGGGGACUGGGCCGCAAUGGACAAGCUGAAGAAGGUGCUGAGCGGGCAGGACACGGAGGACCGGAGCGGCCUGUCCGAGGUUGUUGAGGCAUCUUCGUUAAGCUGGGGUACCAGGAUAAAAGGCUUCAUUGCGUGUUUUGCUAUAGGAAUUCUCUGCUCACUGCUGGGUACUUUUCUGCUGUGGGUGCCCAGGAAGGGACUACACCUCUUCGCAGUGUUUUAUACUUUUGGUAACAUCGCAUCAAUUGGGAGUACCAUCUUCCUCAUGGGGCCGCUGAAACAGCUGAAGCGGAUGUUUGAGCCUACGCGUCUGAUUGCAACUAUCAUGGUGCUGUUGUGUUUUGCACUUACCCUGUGUUCUGCCUUUUGGUGGCAUAACAAGGGACUUGCACUUAUCUUCUGCAUUUUGCAGUCUGUGGCAUUGACAUGGUAUAGCCUUUCCUUCAUACCAUUUGCAAGGGAUGCUGUGAAGAAGUGUUUUGCCGCAUGUCUUGCAUAAUUCAUGGCCAGUUUUGCGAAGCUUUGGAAGGCACUAUGGACAGAAGCUGGUGGACAGUUUUGUAAAUAUCUUCUAAACCUCUGUCUUACAGACAUGUGCCUUUUAUCCUGCAGCAAUGUGUUGCUUGUGAUUCGAACAUUUGAGGGUUACUUUUGGAAGCAACAAGAUAUUCUCGAACCUGAAUGUCAGUAGCACAGGCUGAGAAGUGGAUUCUGUAUCUUGUGGAGUGGAAUCUUCCCAUGUACCUGUUUCCUCUCUGGAUGUUAUCCCACUGAAUUCCCAUGAAUACACACCUGUUAAGCAGCAGCAGAUAAGCCUUGGGUGCCAGUGAUUCCCAGGUGGCAAAAAGCAACGCCAUCAGAGAUCACAGGGGAGCAACAGUAAGGGACAGAAAUUUGGGGUCAACUUGUCCCUCAGCAUGGAAACCAGCACCUCUGUCCUGCAUAGAGCCUGCAUGCUUCUACUCUGGCAUCUGAGAACGAAUGACUCUGCCUUACACAAGCUCAUGGAGAGCCUGGCCAGGCAGUGAGGUAGAUUAUAAGCACUUUUUGGUGGUUUAUGCUGUUUCUGAAUCUGAACCUAAGCAUUCUUGGUGUUCUGAUUCUAUGCCUGACUGUGGAAUGUAUUUUCUGACAUUUGGUGCAGACUCUUUUUCUCUUGGGUUUUAUUUCCUGUCCCUCCCUCCUCCUCCCAACAUACCUUUCUCUCUGACCUCCAGGCACUAGAUGAAGAAAGAACAGAGCAGCAGCAGGGAACACUGCUAUUUCUUUUUGGACAAGAGCCCAUAGGAGGUGAAAAAUCUUGCUGCUCUCAGCUGUAUUUUUUUCUUCAUUAUUUAUAAAUGUUUGCUUUUAAACUGAUUUUAUUUUCCUUUCUUCCCUGGAGCUAGGCCAGGGAAGAGUGGGUGGGAAGGCAGAUCCCUGCUGUGCGGCCAGCAGGAAGUAGGCACGCCUGCCCAGUGACCUUUAAAUAGUCCCAGUGUUUGCACUUCAGCCUGUGCUGGGGAGGAUCCCUUAGACUGCAGUUGGUCCCAUAUCAGCCUGAUGCCUAACCUACAAAGUGCUUUUAUGUACAUGAUCUUUUCUGGUUCUUACGGAGAGUCUUGUGAAGAAGCAGGGAUUGUUACUCCACUGUGUAGUCAAGGAAAUCAAGGCCCACGUUAGUUUUUGGAUCUACCCAAAGCCACAGCGUCAGCCUCCUUCAUGACCCAGUGCUUCCUGGCCUGUCUCUGAUUGUGCCUCCUGUAACUGCCUGUGACUGUUUCCCUCAUUUUCAUCAGCCAAGCGGUCUCCUAGCCGGCCCUCCCUGCCCAUCUGUUUUGGAAGCUUCUUUCUGGAUCUGCAGGAUGUUCACUGUUCCCUUGUGUUCCCUUUCAGCUCCUCCUCAUUGCGUGACCACCAUCAGUGCCCUGUCUUGUCAGCCAGCGUUCCUGGCCCUCCAGGACCUCCAAAGUCACCCAACAAAUGACAUUUAUCUGGAUUGCCUUUCUGCUUUUUGCCCACGGCCAACCGGUCCACUAGGGCUCCUCCUCUGUUACCUCUAAACCAAAGGAAGUAGCCUGCUGGCUGUCCCCUUGCUUGUGGCUAAUUGCUGAACCUUUCUUUGUUCUAUUGUGGCUAAGAACUCAGACUGACUGGUCUCUCCUUUUUUGGUCUUUUCUGAGACAGAGUCUUGCUCUGUCACCCAGGCUGGAGUGCAGUGGCAUGAUCUUGGCUCACUGCAACCUCUGCUUCCUGAGUUCAAGCAAUUCUUCUGCCUCAGCCUCCCAAGGAGCUGGGAUUACAAGCAUCUGCCACCACGCCUACCUAAUUUUGGUUUGUUUUUUUUUUUGAGACGGAGUUUCGCUCCUGUUACCCAGGCUGGAGUGCAAUGGUGCGAUCUCGGCUCACCGCAACCUCUGCCUCCUGGGUUCAGGCAAUUCUCCUGCCUCAGCCUCCUGAGUAGCUGGGAUUACAGGCACGCGCUAAUUUUUUGUAUCUUUAGUAGAGACGGGGUUUCACCAUAUUGACCAGGAUGGUCUCGAUCUCUCAUGAUCCACCUGCCUCGGCCUCCCAAAGUGCUGGGAUUACAGGUGUGAGCCACCGCACCCUGCCCUAAUUUUGGUAUUUUUAAUGGAGACAGGGUUUCACCAUGUUGGCCAGGCUGGUCUGGAACACCUGACUUCAGGUGAUCCGCCUACCUCGGCCUCCCAACAUGCUGGGAUUACAGUUGUGAGCCACUGUGUCCUGCUGGUCUUCUCUGCUGAGGCUGGGGAGGUGUGAACAGGCCUGAUGGGGCCAGAGGGAGGAGCUGGUCUUCCCAGGUCCUUUCUAGGCUGUUGAGGGCACCCAGUCAUAUGCUCAGGUCCCUAACCUGCCUGCAGUCAGGAAAGGAAAUUUGAUGCUAGGCUUUUGUGGGAUUCUUUCACAUCCCAGGUGCCUCUUGGAGCCCAGAUUUCAGAAGGGCUGUGGUAUCAGAAGGGGCAUGGAGGAGGUGAGGAGUGCUUAUGGUUCCUUUUCUUUAGAACUGGUAUGAGCGUUGGCUGAGCUCCAGCAGCUUGGAAUAAGACACCUAGAAGGCAGACUUCUCCAUGUACUUCUUUUUUUUUUUUUGAGACAAAGUCUUGCUCUGUUGCCCAGGCUGGAGUGCAAUGGCACAGUCUCGGCUCACUGUAACCUCUGCCUUUGGGUUCAAGCGAUUCUCGAGCCUCAGCUUCCCAAGUAGCUAGAACUAUAGGCAUGUGCUACCCUGCCCGGCUAAUUUUUGUAUUUUUAGUAGAAAUGGGGUUUCACCAUGUUGGCCAGGCUGGUCUCAAACUCCUGACCUCAAAUGGUCCACCUGCCUUGGCAUCCCAAAGCGUAGGGAUUACAGGCGUGAGCCACUGUGUCCUGCCCCUCCGUGUCCUUUUUAAUGGCUGGAUUGACUUGGUGGGACAUGAGGCCAAGGUACCUUUUAAGAUGCCACCAGGGCUGUAUAGCAUAGUAGUAGUGAAUGUAGGCUUUGAAGUCAGAUGCAUCUGAGUGUGAGCUGUGGCUAGGCAUAUUAGUUGUGUCAUAUGGAAAAGUUACAUAACCUCUGGUUCCUCAGUUCAUCUGUUUGAAAAUUGUGGGAAUAACAAUUCCUGCCGGGUCUUUGCAAGAUGUCAGUGAGACAUGCAAGUGCUUAGAAUAGGGUCCGGCAUAAGUAGAGUCUCAGUAGAGUGGGUGUUAUUUAAUCCCAGAAAUAACUGACAGCUUUGGAAAGUGAGAGUGAAUGUCUCAGAUCAUUAAUUUAUCUAACAGAUACUUAUCUAGUACUAUGUGCCCGGCCCUGUGGACACUGCCAUGUUUUUGUCUCAUUCAUAUUCACAAUGACUGCCCAGUCAAUGGUCAGAGGAUGGAUUGCCUCCAUCCUCUGAGAGGGUAAAGCGCCAAUUCCACACCCCACCAGUGGAGGUGUCAGGGAGGUGUUCUUGGCAGAUGGGUCUUGUAGAAAGGCUUCUGCUUUGCUUUCACUCACGGCCUGGGGCCAGUUUGCUCAGACAGCUCCUGUCAGGACACCAUGGGCAACUUUUGCAUGACCCUGCCUCCCAGGUCUUCCUAAAUUUUCCCUUAAGUUGCUUUAUUCUUUAGUUGUUUCUCUACUUGUUUUUGUUAGACUGUGGGAGGAAGAGAUCCAUUUCAAAUCUACUGAAACCUGUUACUAAGCAACAGCAGUGUUAAAAGCAACCUGAUGGGUGAGUAAAGAAUUAGGGUUUCAGACCUGUGGUUGAUAAUGGUCUCUAUUUACCUGCUGCCCUGCAUUCCUUCCUCUUCAAUUCACUGCUGGGUGAAGGAGGGAUUGCUGCAUUUUGGAAGUUAAGUCAACCAGUAAGGUGACUCUUGCAGAUGGGAAUGUGGUGCUCAGCCAGCCGUGUGGAAGCACUGUCCUGGCACGAUCUGCCCCAGGCUGUUGGCUCCCUGAAUGCUAUCUUGGGAGGAGCACUGCCCUUCAGAUCAGGAGACACAGCUUCCAGUCUCCUCUCCCCCUUCUCCCAGUCCCUCUGAGGCUGCUUGUUGGGUAUCGGGCUGGCUGGCUGUGUACUAACUCACUCCUGUCUCCUGUCUCAUUAACUGAAAGGCAUCCCCGUUUGCAGGAUGGGCUCAAAGGGAGCCUUCAGUUCUGCUCCUCUGCAUGGCGGUGACUCAGACCCCAGCUCAGGGUAGAUACCCUUCUUGUCUCUGGGAAGAGCGAAACGUGUCCCAGGUUAGCAUUUUCACUGGGUUGAUUAUCUCAGUUGCUGGAGCAUCUGUGUAUCACCCUUAUGGGAUGACUUUGUGAAUUAUCUGUCUGAGUGCCACCUCCCUUCUACCCUAAUCAUGGCAUGCUCAGGGAGCCAGAGAGAAAAUCAUGAAACGCAUUCCAAAUAAAAUCACUUUUUGGCUAGGUGUGGUGACUCACACCUGUAAUUCCAGCACUUUGGGAGGCUGAGGUGGGUGGAUCCCUUGAGGCCAGAAGUUCAAGACCAACCUGACCAACAUGAUGAAACCCCAUCUCUACAAAAACACACAAAAAAAUUAGCUGGUCUAGCUGGCACAUACCUACAAUCUCAGCUACUUGGGAGGGAGGCUGAGGCACGAGAAUUGUUUGAACCCAGGAGGUGGAAAUUGCAGUGAGCUGAGAUUGCACUCCUGAACUCCAGCCUAAGCAAUAGAGUGAGACUGUCUCAAAAUAAAUAAAUAAAAUCACGUUUUUUUUGGAGGGGGGGAGAUGGAGUUUUGCUCUCGUUACCGAGGCUGGAGUGCAAUGGCAUGAUCUCAGCUCACCACAACCUCCACCUCCUGGGUUCAAGCAAUUCUCCUGCCUCAACCUCCCGAGUAGCUGGGACUACAGGUGUGCGCCACCACGCCCAGCUAGUUUUUGUAAAAAAAAAAAAAAAAAAAUCACUUUUUAAUAUUUCUGUUAAAAUGGAUGAUAAGGGACCAUAUUUUAAAGUCUGAAGGAUCUGGCUUGGCUUCUGCUUUUGAUAGCCCUAUGAAAGUGACAAGUGUUGCAUCAUGAGACUUCUGGGAUGAAUUGGGAAAUUGAAGGGCAGCCUUGUGGCUGUGAAUUCUGUUUCUAUGAGACCUUCUAUACCAGGCUUUAUCUUCUCUUUGCUCAGAUAACUUCUGACCUAGAGUUGACUGUAGGAUUAUAAACAGUUUAAAAUACCUGUUCUUAAAACCCUGAUUUUCAGCAUCCAGAUUUUUAAGAAUCAGUGUUUAUCAAAGAUACGUGAAGCCAUUUUCUAGAGUUUUGUCAUAGUUUUUUUCUUAAUUUAAAAAUCUUAAGUUUUUUUGGGUAAGCCUAAGAUGUCCAGUAGUUUAUUUGCAGAUGGCAUUUAAAAAAAGUCAAUAGAUGUUAACCUGAAGUUAAAUACAGAUUUGUGUCUGUGUAACUCUUGGUAAGAUAUAGAAAAACCUGUAAGUCUAAAUUUUUUGGAAAUUUCUAUUUUAGAAGUUGGUUGGGAGGUAAAAUUGUGUGACUUUACCUUCUGGUUACUAGUGUUACAGUUAAGAAGCAAGUGUGGUGAAGUCUGCUUGAUCUGGGUUCACUCAGGUAGGGUAUUUAGUUCCACUUUGGUUAUUUUCACUUCCACCCUAAACUCAUAGUCCCUGACACUUAAGCUUUGUCCUUGGCUUACCAGUUUUUGUUGCAGCGAGAUACAUGCGGAGUCGCAGAGCCUUUGUUUAUAUAAAUUGACAAAAAAUUACAUCCUUUUCUAUCAGGAGUAGAUAAACUGAUAAUGGGCUUAGAUAUGUACAAAAUGAUUUUCUGUAGAUAGGAUGAUCUGAAGCCAUGAGUCCACUAGACAGGAGAAACUUUGCUGUUUAAAAUGAAAGGUCUUUAGGAUCUGGAAUAAUUUGCUAAAAAAAUAAAAUGAAAGGUCAGUUCAUAGCAUUGUCGCGAAUGUUGAUACAUAGUCACAAGAAAGUAAUGCCGCUGCAUUUAAUAAACAGCCGCAAACAGAAGGACAACCAGUCCCUGAUAUGAAUGGACUGGCUACCUGGACAUAACAUUCUUGUGAGGCAUCCUUAAAGGACAAAUUGCAUCUGGUAUCGGGGCGAAUGUUGCUCUGUGCCUGUUGAAUGUCCAUGCUACAAGAAGUUAUGAGCCUUGUUCUAAGUACAAAUGAACCUUGUGUUUGUGUCAUCUCCUAAGGGAGAGGGAUAGUUUACAUUCAAUUUUUUGGUCUUUCUGCUAUGAAAGGUUUAUUUUGCCUCUGUCAAUGUGUUUGCUUGACUUAACAACCUUAAGUAAGGAAAGGGAAAAAACAGCCCUCUGAACUCUGAUCUUUUGAUACUUCUGUUAUUUUUGAUUGUGAAGUUGGGAGUGAGGACAUUCAAAAGCCCAUGUUGAAUUUAUAUGCCUUUACAAUAUUGUGCCUGUUUUAAAAUGAUGAGCUUUUAAGACACUUUGUUUAAACAUGAGUCCAUUUUUGUAAUUGUAUAAAUACUCAUAACAAAUUUUGAAUGCGACCGAUUGUGUAACUGAAUUUUUGUGUCCAAAAAUAUAUUCUUGAGUACUUUUCCUACCUUGAAAAUCUAUUUCAUUUAAUAUUGUUUUAUUUAUGCUAACUUAACUUUAAAAAGAAUGUUGCUAAGCUGUCUCUCCCCAUCGCAAUUGUUACUUUUUAUGCUUUUUUCUUCAAUAAAUGAUAGUAUUAUGAUCUUUAA